AUGGACGCUCAUAAUAUAUUCAAAAGUGACCUCGCUCAACCACUGCCUGAGGCUGAGAUAACUGCCGAAAUUCAACGUGAUUUUCGUAGAGCUUCUUCUCGACAUCCACAACAGAUGCCUCUUUCUACGACGGUUUGGUGUCACACCCAGCCAGCAAAGUCGGAAGUGUUGUCGUUUCGAACUGAGUGGGCCGAUGCCCAAUUCAUUCCUGAUGACGUUGUGGAGCAUAAGAGUUUGGAAGAGGCUCUAUUAUUUCUCCUGGCCAACGUCUACCAAGCUCAAAGCCUCCUGCCUAACCAUCCAGCGUCUACGACGACAUCGGCAACAACGGCGGCAGCCGUAGCGGGAACAAUGACGUCAACUGCUGCAACAACGGGAUUGGGCGAUGUGGACAAGACGAACACCUUCUCACUCCCUACCACCCAAUCACCUGUCCUGCUUCAUUCCUCGCCUUUCAGUACUACUACCGCCCCCGAUUUGGAACGUCUAGCUCUGAGACAGGAGCUGGAAGAGACACGAUGCAAGUUAAAUGCUAGCCUUCAAGAUCUUGAAGCACUGCGCUGUGAGUGUGCGGAACAGACACAGCAGACAUUGGGACUGCAGUUGGUGGUGCGUCAGAUUGUGAUGAUCCUUUUUAACCACCUUGCGGAAGUUCGCCGAUUGCAGGAAAAGCCACCACUGACACCACCCUCGGCGACUGCAACAGGAACGACAACACCCUCGUCAGCUCGGGACGCCAGUCUCACCUUCCUCAAUGAUCUGUUGCGUGUGCUGCUCUACGACCCAACAGUGCGAUCAGCGCUCAGCAGCGAUGGCAUCACCGGCUCCACUGGUGCCUCCACCACAACCCCCGCUGCGUCAGUUACAAAACGACCAUCCUCGUUGAGACGCAAAUCUUGCUCCAAUCCUCCAGGGUCGUGGAGUGGCGGUGGAGUCUUGGAAGAUCUGGAAGAGGAGGACCAAUCACGCCUGGGUGCUAUGGAAGAGAGCACCUCCUUCGAGGACGAUCUUCGACUUACGCUCUUUUCCUCCUCCCAUCACCACCGACAGCAUCAUCAUCACCACCAGCAGCACCAGCAUGCGAUUGAACAUUCAUCCAGCGUCGGCAACAUCAACAAUAACGGCAAUAGCAACAUUCUGAAUCCUUAG